UCCAAUGACGUGUUAGAGUGAACUGAGUGGUGGACUUUUAAACUUUAAAGGUCCCUUGGCAGCUGAGUUAUAACAUUCAGCAAUCAACACGAUAGAGUACGUCUCAACCUAUUUGUGCUCAAGAGACAAGAAACCUUUAAUGAUGCAUACUUCUUUUUAAUUCUUGGUCCUCUGCGGAUAUUUAGAUGGGGGCUGCGAUUGCCAAACUUCUCCUUCCAACUAUCAGCAGCUUGGUCUUCCUCCCCAUCAUCACAAUUGCAGCGAAGCGGCGAUUCCACAUGGAGGCAAUGGUUUACUUCUUCACAAUGUUUUUUAUUGCGUUUUUCCAUGCUUGCGAAGGUCCUGGCCUGACAAUUUUGUGUAUCAUGCGGCAUGACGUUCUGCAGUAUUUCAGCAUUUAUGGCACUGCUCUAUCCAUGUGGGUCACUUUAUUAGCAUUGGCUGAAUUUGAGGAACCAAAAAGGUCUACCUUGGUUAUAUUUGGAGUGCUGACAAUAAGUGUGCGUAUUUAUCAAGAUCGAUGGGGCUACGGAGUCUACUCUGGACCAAUUGGAACAGCUGUCUUCAUAAUAACUGUCAAAUUUUUGAAAAAGAUGAAAGACAAAAAAGGCCUUUACCCAGAUAAGAGCAUCUACACACAACAAAUCGGCCCUGGCUUCUGCUUUGGAGCUCUUGCUUUGAUGCUCCGAUUCUUCUUUGAGGAAUGGGAUUAUAAUUACGUACACAGCUUCUACCAUUGCAGUUUGGCUGCCUCCUUUAUCUUACUUCUUCCGAAGAUGAACUCACAAGCAGGAAAUGGAGGAAAUCCAGUAAAACUAAGUUGCUGUACACUCUGCUGCGUUUGAAAAUUGUAACAAUUCUGUUCUCCAUUAUAACAUAUUUCUACAAUCCAUUCCUUUUUAAAUGACACUGUAUAUGCACUCAAUGAUACGACAUUAGAGUUCUGUAUCAUACCUCCAAACUGAUUUGA